CCCAGCCCCUAUCCUAACCCCAACCCUAACCCUAACCCCAACCCCUAUCCCAAUCCUAACCCCAACCCUGGAAAGCUUUUACAAGAGGAGACCCCACACCAAUAGGAAGGAUCUGCACAGGAAAGGGCUGUUCAGAAUCUCAACACAAACCCGCACCUGAACAGCACAAAAUUGAUCAGCCACAGUGUGUAUAGGUAACAAGCUCAGGUGUGUCUCGUUAAACUCAUAGUAAAAACAGGAACAGAUCAAACCGCUAUGCAAUGGGAGUCUAAUUCCGGCUGGCACCUCCCCUCCCCCUCGUCACAAUUCUCAGCACAUCCACACUGCAGAGUAUUGCAUCUGAAGCCGCUAGAGGGCGCUGUGACAUCAUGAAGAUGCCGAGGCGCAGACUGUCACACAGGCAGCGGAGUGCACCAACACUUCCGGAGUUCUCUCUCUCGCCAUGUUUAAAAUGUAUUUAUUAAUUACUUAAUUCAUGUAUUUAUUAUUUUAACUAACGAGCAGCAAGAGAGCAGACUAAGACAGCGUCUUUUAUGCCAUUCCGACGGCGAACGAGGCUGAUUUAGCAGCAGCAGUCGCAGGCUCUGUGUGUGUUGGCCCCUCACUGCGGUGUGAUGGGGGCGGAGGGAGAGCCCGGGCCCCCCCCCGUGGUGCCCUGGAAGAAGGUCCUGUACGAGCAGCAGCCCUUCCCUGACAACUAUGUGGACCGGCGCUUCCUGGAGGAGCUGCGCAAGAACAUGUACGUGCGCCACUACCGGUACUGGAACGUGGUGUACGAGUCGGGGCUGGUGGCGCAGCAGCUGUCCUGCGUGUGCAUCUUCGUCCUUCUCUGGGGGUACAUGGACCAGGGGCUGCUCUCCCCGCACUGGCUCAUUGUCGCUGGGCUGGUCUGCUCCCUGGUUGGCUACGUGCUGUAUGACCUGGUGGACUGGGGGAGGGGCCGGGUGCGGUGUGGGCGGAGCCGCUGGGCUGACCUGAAGAGCACGGUCAUCUUCCUGGCGUUCACGUACGGCUUCUCACCCGUGCUCAAGACCCUGACCGAGGCUGUGAGCACCGACACCGUCUAUGCCAUGGCCUCCCUCAUGCUGCUCGCCCACUUGGUGUUCUUUGAAUACGGCGCCCCGCCCGACAUGGUGUCCAGCGGCUUCUCCCUCAACGUGGCCAUCUUCGCCUCGGUCUGCCUGGCCUCACGGCUGCCCGGCCCGCUCCACGCCUUCGCCACCGUCACCUGCGCCAUCCAGGUGUUCGCUCUCUGGCCCACGCUGCUCCGCAGGCUCAAGGCCAGCGCCCCCUGUGGCUACGUGGCGGCCGUGGCGCUGGUGUGCAUGGCGGCCGUGGCGGGCACGCUGAGUGUCUCAGCUGUGGGUGCCGUGCUUCUCGCCCUGCUCCUGCUCUCUGUCUCCCUGCUCUGCCCUCUCCUGCUCAUCCGCCUGCAGCUCUACAAGGACAACAUCCACGGGCCCUGGGACGAGGCCGAGAUCAAGGAGGACCUGUCCCGCUUCCUGCAGUGAGAACCGGAGCAACUCGCACUGACUCACUCAGAGACUCGCUCUCGCAGACCAGAGACUCACACUCUCGCAGACCAGAGACUCACUGACAGACCAAUCAGAGACACACUCUCGCAGACCAGAGACUCACUGACAGACCAAUCAGAGACACACUCUCGCAGACCAGAGACUCACUGACAGACCAAUCAGAGACACACUCUCGCAGACCAGAGACUCACUGACAGACCAAUCAGAGACACACACACUCGCAGACCAGAGACUCACUGACAGACCAAUCAGAGACACACUCUUGCAGACCAGAGACUCGCUGACAGACCAAUCAGAGACUCACGCUCUCGCAGACCAGAGACUCACUGACAGACCAAUCAGAGACUCACUGUCUCGCAGACCAGAGACUCACUCUCUCGCAGACCAGAGACUCACUGACAGAUUCACUCAGAGACUCACUCUCUCGCAGACCAGACUCACACUCUCGCAGACCAGAGACUCACUGACAGACUCAUUCAGAGACUCACUCUCUUGCAGACCAGAGACUCACGCUCUCGCAGACCAGAGACUCACGCUCUCGCAGACCAGAGACUCACUGACAGACCAAUCAGAGACACACUCUCGCAGACCAGAGACUCACUGACAGACUCAAUCAGAGACACACACUCUCGCAGACCAGAGACUCACUGACAGACUCACUCAGAGACUCACUCUCUCGCAGACAAGAGACUCACUGACAGACUCACUCAGAGACUCACUCUCUCGCAGACCAGAGACUCACUGACAGACCAAUCAGAGACUCACUCUCUCGCAGACCAGAGACUCGCUGACAGACCAAUCAGAGACUCACGCUCUCGCAGACCAGAGACUCACUGACAGACUCACUCAGAGACUCACUCUCGCAGACCAGAGACUCACGCUCUCGCAGACCAGAGACUCACUGACAGACUAAUCAGAGACACACACUCUCGCAGACCAGAGACUCACUGACAGACCAAUCAGAGACUCGCUCACUCACCCAAGCGCAGGACACUGCUGAGGGAGUCAUUCAGACACUGCACUCUGGUGCCAGGACUUGGUGUAGAUUGACUGAAUGCAAAUUACAGCAAAGCAGGAGUCCUGCAGUGUUCUCAGCACACAGCUCAGCACACACCACACAGCACAGCAGCACACAGCACACAGCUCAGCACACACCACACAGCUCAGCACACA